AUGCCUCCAAAGCUGCAUAACAAUGAGACACCAUCAAUUCCUGACGAACUUGUCACGGAGAUCCUCUCAUACCUCCCGUUGGAAUCCCUAAUACGUUUCAUGUUGGUGUGCAAGACAUGGAAUUCUCUCAUCUAUGACAACCUCUCAUACCUUCGUCGACGUGCCAACCCGCGUGUGCUCUCCGUGUCAAAUGUAGCGCCAUUCAAUGUUUCAUCUUUGCCCGUCAAAUCCUUGCUCAAAACCCCUCAUUCAGAAGACGAAUCACAUUUGAUAUGCACAUUAGAAAAUAGAUAUGAUGUCAUAGGUUCCUGCAAUGGGUUGAUCUGCUUGCUUGGAACUCAUCUUUACUUUAUUGGAAUAAAGUGGGUCCUUUUCUUGAACCCUACCACAAGGUCAAUGUCUCACAAGACUCCUGAGGUGGAAAUUGAUUGUGUGGGCCAUUAUGGAUUCGGCUAUGAUCAUGUGACUGACACCUACAAGGUAGUGUUACUCCCACAAAAGUUGAAGAUCAAGGUUUUUAGCAUGGGUGAAACUAAUUGGAAAGUCACCAGAUUUUCUGUACCCUAUACUAUUAUUAAUGGUAGAGUUGGAGUUCACAUUAACGGGACUCUUAAUUGGUUAGUCUCUAGAAAUAAUCAGAAAUUCGCAAUCAUGAUUUUUUCAUUUGAUUUGAAUAAAGAGGAGCACGUGACAUUCUCGCUGCCUGAUAUUGAUAGGCAUGCCGUGACCCGUUUACUUGGAGUUUUGGAUGGGUUUCUAUGUGUUUCUUACGUUAGUUGCUCCUCGGGCUAUAAUUUAAGUAUUUGGAAAAUGAAAGAGUUUGGAAUUGAUGACUCUUGGACUCAAUUGCUCAACAUUCGUUAUGAAGAUCUUCAAUCUCAUCCCGGGAUGACGAAUUAUCAAUGUGUCAUGAUGUAUUAUCAAGGUCUUCGCAGUGAUUUUCCUCUGUGCUUAUUCGACAAUGGUGAUUUCGUGAUGCUCAAGGAGCGGCUCCUCUGUAACCAUAGAGACAAUAGAGUGGAACUUCUCCAAAUUCCUAAAAACAUAAAUGGAUUCAAUGCAGUGAGUUACUUUGAAAGCUUUAUUUCAGCUUGUUAA